UAGCUGUAGGCCAUCAGUACACUUCCCUGGGGACCCAGCCCAUCCUGUGUGGCAGCAUCCCUGGUCUGGUGCCCAAGCAGCUACGCUUCUGCCGGAACUACGUGGAAAUCAUGCCCAGUGUGGCAGAAGGGGUUAAAAUUGGGAUACAGGAGUGCCAGCACCAGUUUCGGGGCAGGAGGUGGAACUGCACAACGAUUAACGAUCUGGCUAUCUUUGGACCGGUGCUCGAUAAAGCCACCAGAGAGUCAUCGUUCGUCCAUGCGAUCGCUUCAGCAGGAGUGGCAUUCGCGGUGACACGGUCAUGUGCAGAGGGAUCCGCCACCAUCUGCGGCUGUGACACCCGACACAAGGGCCCCCCAGGGGAGGGCUGGAAAUGGGGCGGCUGCAGUGAGGAUGCUGAGUUUGGGAGCAUGGUUUCCCGGGAGUUUGCAGAUGCAAGGGAGAACAGGCCUGACGCCCGCUCCGCCAUGAAUCGACACAACAAUGAGGCUGGACGCAUGUCAAUUAUCGACCAUAUGCACCUGAAGUGUAAGUGUCACGGCUUGUCGGGUAGCUGUGAGGUGAAGACAUGCUGGUGGUCGCAGCCGGACUUCCGAGUCAUUGGGGACUACCUGAAGGACAAGUACGACAGCUCCUCGGAGAUGGUGGUGGAGAAGCAUCGGGAAUCCAGGGGCUGGGUGGAGACCCUCAGGCCCAAGUUUGCCUUCUUCAAGCCCCCAAUGGAGCGGGAUCUAGUUUACUAUGAGAGUUCCCCAAACUUCUGUGAACCUAACCCGGAGACGGGGUCAUUCGGCACCAGGGACCGGAUCUGUAAUGUAACCUCCCACGGAAUAGAUGGAUGUGACCUUCUGUGUUGCGGGCGUGGGCACAACACAAGGACUGAGAAACGAAAAGAGAAGUGCCACUGCAUCUUCCACUGGUGCUGCUAUGUAAGCUGUCAAGAGUGUGUACGUGUUUAUGACGUCCAUACCUGCAAAUAGGGUACACAAGAACAGUUUCUACCCUGACCCUUUCCUUCCUAAAAAUAAGACAAAGACGCAAGUCUGAGACUGGGGUGUUUACAGAUGCCUGUGUGAAAACUGGGUAAACUUUUGGUCAAAAAGAAGUCCUGAGAUCUGGGAAGAAGCUCUAUUUCUUCAAUGCAAGCAAGUGCAUGCAAAAAGGAUAUAUGUAUAUAAUGUCAAUCCAAGGAACCUUUAAGCAUAGAUAAUGGCUCUUCCUCAAAGGUUUUGGAAGUUUGAUUCAUGAUUUGGUAUUAAUCCUCAAAGGCUCUUAAUUAAAGCCCGGUUGAUAUCACACUUACAAGGAAGAUGGACAUACACCUUCAACACAAGGGAUAUUAUUUUCAAGCCCAUGCUGACUGUUUUUCUUGCAGGAACCUAGUGAUUCCAGCUUUAAGAUUUUGGUCAGACUGUUUAUGAGAGAGCAGCAUUAUGCUCCCGGGAUCUCCUAGAAAAAAAAAAUAUAUAUAUAAGUCUAAGUCCCUUAGUGCUGUAGGACAUACUGUAAACAUAGUGGAUACAGUUCUUGUUUUAUUCAAGAAGGCAACAAACACAUUGUUCCUGACACAGUACUCUUGAAAAGUCUGCAAUGGACUCAUGCUAUCUUUUGGCAUGUAGCUGUAGCAGUCUAUGUAAUCAUAGCCAAUCAUGGAGAGAGGCUUCUUGUAUUAAUCCUGUGUCAGAUCACUUGGUAAUGGAGCGGGGUCAAAAGAUUGUUUGAAACGAUUCCAAAUGUUUUUAUAUUACAAUUUUGACAAUUUUCUCAAGCAGAUUCAUAAAGCUGAUUUUACAAAGCUCUUUUGAUAAAAAGCAUAACGUUAACCAGCUGCACACAUGUGGGUGAGGUUGCACUUUUGCCUGAGAAAAUAUACUUCUUUGAAAGAAUAAUUUUUGAUAAAUGUUUAGCUAAUCUAAUGAAGUAGCUGUCUCUCUUUAUACCUUUCCACAGAUUAAAUCUGUUUUUAUUUACUUGUGAAAUAGUUUUAGUAGUGAUGCACUUGUGCUUGAGCAUGUCAGAAUUACAAUGGUAAACCAACGCAUAAGAACAUGUACUAUACGCUCACCUCUUCCCGUUUUAAAUUCUUACACUAAUGACAGCUUUUGUUUAUGGUAAAGAGAUGGUAAAUAGAAGGCAUAUACAGUACAGCCUAAGUAUUGUAACAGAAAUAUAAUUAAUAUAUCUAUGUAAUUACAAGUGAGCCUGUAUUUAGCACUUUCCUGUUGUAAAUCUGAGAUGCUCAACCACAAAUCGAGCUUGAAUCAUGCCUAAAAUAUGGGUCAUGAACUACUAAACUUUAACAAGUAUUGCAACACAAGUAUAUGCUAUAGUGUGUAAUGAAUAUAUAACAACACAGUUCCACCAGAUGACGUUUCAGAAGGCUGUUACUUUAUGAAAAUAGAAACAGAAUCUGAAAUAAGCAUCACAGGUUGAUCAGAUUAUGAAAUGGGGCAGGACUGCAUCAAAUGUUACAGUUAGGGAUUAAAGGGUUCUAAGAGACAUACUCACCCAAGUCUCCUACUACUUGUAUUAUAGCACUGGAUAGGGGAUGUUGGUUGAUUUGAUUUUGUAGCGCAAUGUAUUAGACCACAAUAAGCCAUGCAGUGUAACACAUUUGCAUCCUCUUAUAAUAGAGCUGGAAUAAUAGUGAUUUAAGAAAACAAUCACCCAAAAAUUGUCAGAAGAAGAAAUCCCAUUUUAAUGUAAUGCCACCCAUACCCAUCUUUUUUGCCCUAUACAUUCAUUGGAUGCAAAGGAUGCUUGCUAGAAAAACAGUGGGGCACCCUUGAGUGCCUCCAGAGGCAAUAGGCCUGUCAGAAAUUUGAACCCCUCCCUCUUUGAAUGCUGCUAUCCAACCCUAGCUAUCAUUAUAACAUAUAUAAAUAUAUAUUUUCUUUCUAUGAAAGAAAUCAUGUAGAAAUAGUUUUGAAAAAAGAUGUGAAGUUUUGUACUAAUUCACUUUUCUUAUAUAAUAUGUAUAUGUUAACAAUUUAAAAGUGUUGCCUGUAUGUAAGAUUCAGAUGCUUGAAGCUACAUUAUACAUAAACACUGGAAUCUAUGAAUUUUACUUAUAAUUCUAUUUAUAAAAGCUGGUCUAUUUUUAAGCUUAAUGAAAUGCAACCUGUAUGUUUAGAUAAGUUUUUUUUUUUUUUUUAAUGUAGCAAAUGAUUUCACAAGAACCUGGCAUUUUAAGUAGCAAGGAAUCAUAUUGUUUAUUGUUUGCAUCAUUAGUUUCUAUAAGAUUAGAUUAGAUGUACCUGACCAUAAAGCAACACUUUUAAUUAAAAUUACUACAUUAAUGUUUGUAGUCUCUUUUUUAAUACUUGUUUUCUCCUCUUUACAAAACUGUGCAUGUAUUUAAAUGCCCUAAAAUCCAAAGUUUUGUACAAACUAGUUUGUGACUUCUUUUUUUUAUAUUUCUAAAGUCUGAUGUUUUUUUUAUGAUUAUUUAUUUUAUGAAAAAUGUAUAUAUUAGUAAGUAAGAGUAUAUAUUUGCAGAAAAAAAUAACUUGUCGGGACGGUGUUGUUACUUUAUCACUGUAACUGUUACCUCAAUAUCUGUUUUUCACUGACAUUACAUUAGAUAUAAUGUGUGUCUGCAACUGUCUGUAAUAGGCUGAUAGAUGUUAACUUUGGAAUAACAAUUAAAAAAAAUCUUUAUGCAUAAUUAUUGCUCUCUUCUUGCUUUUUAAUGUUUAAGGUCAACCCUGGUAAAUGAUGUUUACAUGU